AUGAAGCGCUUGGCGACCAUGUGCCGAGAGAUGUGCGCUCCGGACCAGAGCUGUGUCCAGUACUGGCUGCUGCCGGAACGCGCGCCUGAGUGGUACCGGAAGCUGGUCCUGGGCACCGGCAGCGCGGAUGUGCACGCCCAGCCGGCGCCAAAGAACAGCCUCCCACUGCUAGGCCACAUCGCGAUGAAGGUGCCGAAACUGGAAGAUGCCAAGCUGUACUGGGUGGACGGCCUGGGGUGUGUGGAGAACUAUGACGCGAGCACGCGGCAGCUCUGGGCGCACCUCGGCUGCACGGAGCUGCGCCUCACAGAGGCCGCCGAUGGCCAGCGCUGGCCCGGGGAGAUCCGCAUUUGGGUCAACGAUAUGCGCACGGUGGCAGACAUGCUGAACAUGUUGGGCAACACCUUGGACUCCAAGCUUGUCGCAGAGAUGCGAGAGGCCAAGACGGGCGGCGAGUACGCCAUGCUCCUACACGACCCCCCGCGCCUGAACAAGGUGCAGGCCAGCGAGGCGCCCAGUGGCUGGGGCAAGACCAUCUGGGAGCUGCCCACCAACGCGCCUGGGAAUACGAAGCCGAAGAACGCGCUGGCGAUCUCCGACGCCGUGGUCUUUCUGCCUAAGCGGCAGCAGAUCCAAGGCGCCGCCCGGUUCUACGAGCACUUCUUCGGAUCGGCGAUCACCAAGAAGUACCAGGUCUAUGAGGCGCAAGCGCUGAUGGAUAUCUGCAUGGUGCACUUCAGCCCAGGGCCCAAGCUCCACCAAACACUCACCUACAAGGCGGACGUGACCUACGUGGUGCCGAGCAAUCUCGCCUCGGUAUGCAUCUACGUGAAGGACCACGCGCACUUCCACCUCAUCUAUGCCAAGUGCAAGUCCGCGGAUUUGUUGUCCCCGGAGUGCGCUAAACGGAGCUGGGAGGAGGUGGAGGCGACGAACGAGUUCAUCAUCACAGGGGUCAUGGACCCGCAAGACCACAGCAUGGUGAUCGCCCUGCCGCACGUCAUUCGUACCAAAUCGCAUCGAGAAUGCCCUCUCCGAGAAAGCGCGUAG